AUGGCCUACAAAAACGAAGACCUUGAAAGGGUGUAUUGCACCUGUAGAGCAAUCUUUAGCGGUAACGAUGCUCUCUUGCGAAAGAAGAAGAAGGUCAAAGAAGCCCUGGUCAAGAACACAACCACUAUUAAACCACUUUUCUUCAGUUUUGGCGAGGAAAAGACAAUACUCAUGUCGCAGCACCUGUUGGAAUGCCGGGUAUUUGAGUCCGAUCUCAGAGCCAAAGUCAUGUUUCCGAGCCUCUUCCAAAGCACCCCGCAGCAAGAUGCUGAGCGAGAGGCUUCGGAGGCCGAUGCAGUGAGAUCGGUUGCAAACGCCUUGGACGAGAUGAGUCAGUCGGAAGGCGAGGAUGAUGACGAUGAACUUGAUCAACCUCCCGAAGAAGUAGUUUCUACACCCAUAGCAGAAGAGGUCCCAGAAGACGCGCCUCCUGCCGAAGCACCUCCUGCCGACGAGCCUCUUGCUUUAGUCGAGGCUAUAACGCCUCCCCAAGAUCUCUCAAAUAUGUGCGAUACCGACUCAGGGGUCACUCUGACAAGUCCACCGCCGCACCCUGGGCUCCCUUCUUUGUAUCCCGCCUGCCUCCCUUACAAGACGCAACAUGACAUCCUCACCACCACCCAGAGAGUUCUGGAGGAAUGCUGCUUCGAUUUUGCGACCAAGUGGAUACCACACGUUCUUCAAUCACAAGGCUGGGACUGUCCGUCAGCGGUCGAGUUAACGAAGUGGACCAAAGUCUUCAACAGAGCUGGCCUAAACUUGCCUGCGCACGCGACCGCACCGGCAAACACCCCCAUCAAGGAUGUUCUCUUCCGCACACAUCAGUUGAGGCACACUGCUGUGCACAGACUGCCCACGACUGCCCGCGAAGUCAGCCAACACUUGGGGACUGCACUGAAAGUGGCCGAGACUCUUCAAGACGUCUCCCGCGCUGCUCAGCUGGAGGACUUGAUGUCCGAGGUCAACGAGAAAAUAAAGGCCAUGGUACUGACGAAGAAUGUUCUGGAGAACCGCACCCUGUUCAGUCUCGACGACAUCCGCCGUCAACGCGAGGAACUUGAUAGACAAGAGAAGCAGAUGAUUGAAAACAUGGUGAGAGAGGAUCGUGAUCACAAGGCGCUCAUCGGUUGUCUGCUUGAAGCCGCUGUCGAUGACAUCUUUGAGAAAAAGGCGGUUAGGGGUCAGAUACUGGAGGAAGCCGAAAAUGAUGCCGCAGAUAUCUACUACGAAGCCAGUGAGGACACUGUUGAUGGAGCUCUUGAGGAUUCCUACAUGAGUGAUGGCAAUGAAACCCCUAGGGAGGAUGAUAUAGAGAGUCCUGGCUCUUUUGAAUGGGGCGAGAAACUUGGGUGCACCAAAUCGGUCAAGUCUUGA